AUGCAUUCGGUCGACUAUGAGAUCGCUAACGAUGAUGAUAAUUUCUACAGAAAUUUUUAUGGCGGAAGUUUUUGGAUUAACGCUAACAAACUAAAUGACGCAAUCUUCGAACUUGACGAUGACGUCAAAGAUGGUGUUGAUGAUGAUUACGAUUACCUCGCUAGGAGCACGUCAGUCCGAACAAAAAUGACGUCAUUUCCUGAUGAACCGUUAGAGUACCAGAAGCAACAGAAUGGCGACAUUUAUUCAACGAGCGUCAACAACAUCUACUACAAACUCAGCAGUCGCAACAGCAACUACGAUGACGACAAAGCAGUCACACCAACGUUAACACACUCGUGGUCUCAUAUAAACGCUUCAUUUCUAGUCAUCAUCUCAUUGAUUGGCAUCAUCUUCAACCUCUUCAUCAUCCUCACCAUUCUCCUAAACCGUAGACUCAGAGGAAAAAUUAUCUACGUCCUCUGUUGCCAUCUGGGUUUAGCCGGGCUGACCUGGAGCGUUGUUAUAUUACCGAUAUCAAUAUCUAGCAGUUUCACUGACAGAUGGGAUGUGUUUAUCUCUUGCAAUUUGUAUUCAGUUUUGAGAAAUUUUUUAUUGCAGAUUUCGAUUUGGUCAAUAAUUUUAUUAAGCUGGGAUAAGUAUAAAGCCAUCGUGCUGCCGCUACACCAUUCGACGACAGUGAAGCCGCUACGAAUGUCGCUAACGUUGGCGAUUUUGUGGUCAGUGUCGCUGUCCAUCGAUCUUUUGCCGAUUGCUUUGAGUAAUGGUUACGUGUGUGAGGGUGGUGACGCUUUGGUCGUCAUGUUCCACAGAGUCUUGCCUGUAAAUGAUGUUAAAAACUCUGCUUGUUUACUUCCGUCAAGUUCAUCGUCAUCGUCGUCAUCAGCGUCGUCACCAGUGUUAACCACUGCCACAAUAGCCGAAACGUCAAAGCAGUCGCCACUGGCGAGUCUCUUAUUAUCAGUGUUGUCAUCCUCGUCAUCGUCGUCGUCGUCGUCGCCAUCAUCUUUACUGACGUCAUCAUUGCCAUCUUCGUCUUCGUCGGCAUCAUCAUCAACAUCGUCAAAGUGGAAAACGUCAUCGUCGUCCUCUUCGUCAUCAUCAUCGUCAUCGUCGAUUUCUAGUGAUAACAACUUAAUCAUGUCAUCAGCUUCUCCGAUCAUUCUAUACCCUCCCCAAACCAACCCCCCACCUUUCUCAUCUCCACCCAACCUGACACUUCCUCCUACCUCCACUUACGUCAGUCACGUGAUUUACACCAUAAUAUGGUUAACAUUCACUUUUUACCUCCCGGCGGCCAUUUUGGUGUUUUGCUACUUCCGGAUUUUCGUAGUAGCCAGACGCCAAAACAAAAGAAUCGUAGUAAUGGCGGCCAUGGUUCGAGUUAUAACGCUGAGUGUUGGUGUUCCUCUCACUAAGGAGCAGGCCCAGAAGUCAACGAACCACGCGGCCACAAGAAACAGGAGGGCCUCGCAUACUAUUUGCAAAUUUUUAGGGGCCUUCGUCCUCUGCUACAUGCCCUACGCCACGUUGUAUAUUGUCAACUUCAACGAUAGUUACACGGCUGCUAAGUUGUAUGCGGCUAAUAAUGAGAACAGAUUUAGUGCGAGUGGAGUAAAAAAUUGUAGUAGUUUCAAUUUGCCUGGCGGUGAAGUUUUCAUUCCAACGCGUGCUAACAGCACUCUGGAAAGAUUCGAUGAUGUCCAAAAUUUUUCAUCAACCGCUUCAAAAAUGGACCGCACGUUAAAUCUUGAGGCCGAAACGAAUGCUGAGCACAUAAAUAACAUGGAAGUAUUUUUGUCUAAUGACUCUGAAGAUGGCAUGAUUAAUCGCAAACUGUUCUCGCUGAACAUCCAUCAACAACAACAGCCACAGCAGCAGCAGCAGCAGCAACAACGACAUGUCAACAUCCAUCUUCACUCUCGUCGUAAUCACUCAAUCAUGACGUCAGCAGUCACGUGGCUUUCUUUGGUACUCCUAUCAGCAUCGCCGGCCAUCAACGCAUUUGUGUACGGUGUACGAAAUUUGGUCCUGAGAGAGUUUUUUUGCAGCUACCUUCACAAGAAACUAAGACACAAGUCGUCAUUCUGCAUGUUCGGACAUGGAUCCAAGUGCCAGGAAUGCGCUUUCUAUGGCUUGGUGCAGCAGCAGCCACUACGUCCACAGCUGCCCGAUUACAAGUAA